CAUCGCUGGGCCACUUUCAUUCUGACGCAUGUGUGUUUCUCUGACGCGCUUGGGCACACUACUUACACCCGCGAGAAAGAAGGUAUAAACACCACCUCGCAAUCCUUCACCCCCUACUUGCAGCCCAUUCCCUCUGGUCUUUUUCUCUCAUCGAUACGAUACCUAUUUCCUGCUUUUUGCUCUUCCAAUAGGAACCUCAUCUUGGCGAUUCGCAUUAUACCCAUUCCUCUGUGAUACCCCCACCCAAAUCGACGACCUUUCCCUUAUUUGCCCUGUAACAGCAACAAAUCAACAAUAAUCACUCUUACUCUAUCCCGACGACUACCACUAUCAUCUCCGAGUAACAUUCAAACGAACAGCCUCAUUGCGACAGCUACAAUACUCCCAUCAUGUCAGCAAACGUCAACAAGCCGACGGACCUCAAGCAGAAGGAAGCCGACGUCAACCGCAAGCUUCAGCUUUACGGCAUUGUCUCCGCUUUCCAGGCUGGCAAGGUUCCUUCGAAUGAUCAAAUCGAUGUCGCCCUAAACAGUUUCUUGGCCUCCAAGGUCCUAUCCAACCCUCCCGAGAAGCUUUCGCCUGAGGGCAGAGCUCUUGUUGCCGAUGCUCGCGAGGUUGUCAUUCAAGCAAAGAACCUAUUGUUGUCCAAGAACCAGGGCAACCUGCUUCAGGACUUUAUUUGGCAGACGGAACAGUUCGACCCCAAGGCCGUCCAGGUGCCCGGCGCCCCAAUCAACAAGGAGGUCGCGCAACAGCAUGGCGACAAGGCAAUGGAGGGUCUGCGGACCCUUGGCACUUUGAUCAUCACCAACGGCCAAUUCCGCAAGCUCCUCAAAGAUGCUACUGUUCUUCUCCGCGACAUGGCCGGCGAUGCUGCCACCAAUGCCGCUCAACGUGUGCGUCCUUCAGGUGAAGCUCUGCAAGACAUCGAUCGUCCUGCCCAGGAUAACACUUGGCAUGAUGCCCCCGACUUCUCUAAGGAGAGCCUCAAGAAGCAGGCUCAGGGAGUCUACAAGGGGUCUCCUGCCGCAGACGCCCGGGACAUCGCCAAAGCCGGCACCCAGUCUGCCCAUCCUAACGGGGCGCAGAACCCGCAGGACCUUGCUGCCACUGCUGCGCGUGACCAGCAACAGGGAACCAACUCUGGCGUCAAUGCACAGGGUGGCAUCAACGCUGCUCGCAACGUCAUUGAGAAGAAGUACAAUGAGAACGUCGACGAUGAGACGAAGGAGCAGGCCCGCCAGCGCAAGGAGGAGUACCUCCGCCGCAGCAAGGAGUACUUCAACAAGAAGAUGCCUCAGGAGCGCAAGGAGCAGACUAUCUGGCGCCUGAAGAAGAUGGUACUUGAGUGCCAGCAACAUCCCGACUACGCUCAGGCCAUCGAGACCCUUCUCAACCUCGCAGAGGAGUAUGCUGGCCACUCGCGCGUCAUCGCUCAGGGCGGCACUGGUACUGUCAGAGAUGCCCGCGCCGGCCUUGCUCAAGCAGAGUCCGAUCUAAAGACCCUUAUUGAGCGCUUCGCCAACGGUACUUCUACUGAGGAUCUCUUUGAGUCCAUUCAGCAGAUCUAUCGCGACGCCGACAAUGACCGCGAGCUCAAGGACUGGUUCAAGGCUAUGGACCGCUACGUCCGCCGCUGCCUCCUUGAACAAGGGUACAUCCUGGACGAGGAUUCCAACCAGGAGUGGAACCACCUCUAUGACCAUGGUCGCUACUUGCUCCGCAACAAAUACCGCGUUCACACCGACCGUGUUUUUGACGAGAUCAAGUUCUUGAUCGAUCAAUUUGACCAGGACCCUCAAAACAAGCGCUUCGGCCUGGCUGUUCAGAAGUUGUUCACUGAUCUUGGCAACGACGAGAACGGCAAGCCUACAUUUAAGCCCCAUCUCCUCAAGGAUCUUUCGGAGGUCAUUAUUCCCUCCAUCUUCGAGAACGUAGCCUACGUUCCUGUCCCGCGCAUUGAGUACUCCGACUCUCAGUUCGACGCCGUCAUCGAGAACCUUGUCCUCGAAUCCGACAACUUCAUGCCCAACGUUCUUGAGGUCAACAGCGAGAACUACUUCCUUUGGGGACGCAAGAAGGUUGCCAACAAGCACAAGCAGUCUUUCGAGGUUAAGGUUGCUGGUGUCCAGCUUGACCUGCGUGAUGUCAGCUACCACGUCAAGCGCAAGCAGGGCUUCCCUUCUAUCACGGACACUGGUGUCGCCGACAUCCUCCUUGCCGGUGACGGGUUUUCCUUUAAGCUCAAGCUCUCUUCUGCGGAUAAGAAGGACAGCCAGAACUUCUUCAAGAUUGACAAGGUUGAUGUUGACAUCAAGCACAUGAGCAUUAAGCUGAAGCAGUCGAAGCACAAACUGUUGUUCGGCCUUUUCAAGCCCGUCAUGCUCAAGGUUCUUCGCCCUGCCCUCCAAAAAGCUGUCGAAAAGGCCAUCAAGGACCAAGCUGCCCAGCUGGAUACUCUUCUCUUCCAGGUCAAGCAGGAAGCCGACCGCGCCCUUGACGAGGCCCGCUCUGACCCUGAGAGAACCCCCAACAUUUACAACCGCUACGCCACUGCCAUGCAAAAGCGUGCCUUGCAGACCAAGCAGAAGGCUCAGGCGGUCGCUGCCGACAAGAAGGUCAAUUACGCCAUCACGAAAGAGGAUUCCAUCUUCCCCGACAUUAGCCUCCCCGGCGGCAUCAGUUCCAAGGCCACCGAGUACAAGGAGCUUGCCCGUAAGGGCGAACGCUGGGAGAGCCCUGUUUUCUCGAUCGGCAAGGCCAGUAAGUCAACUGACAUUCCCGACGCGCCUCGUAUCGAGCGCAAGAAGCACGGCUUGCCUACCCAGCAGGGGCAGUAUGCUCCUCACGCCAACACCAAUGGCGCAUUGAACGGCAAUCUGAAGAAUGACCCUUCGUCUCUGUAUGACGCACACCCCAAUGGCGGUCUCAACGGCAACGUCAACACCCUCUCCGCACCAGCCAACGUUAGUGGAUACUAGAGGCUUGGUAGUGGUGUAAUUUUCUUUUGUUCUAGGGAUGGAGAUGGCAUCACGAGUUGAUGGCAGACGAAAACGCUUAUACCCAGGUGGAGAGUUUGGGCCAACGGAUGGAUGGUUUUGAUAGUUUAAUAACGCGGUCGUUGGUAAUAAUUCUGUAGUGGAAUCAAAUUGGUUUGUAUCCAAACUUGUUUUCCUACAUCGAGCAAUUGAGAGAAAAUGAAUUAUGAGUCGUAAUUUGCAUUUACGAGCGAGGCUCAACUUGGAUCUGCUUGUCCGACAAGAUUUACUCAGAUGGAGGUCCAUCCCAUGUCUG